CUUAAUACCCAUAUUGUUACUUCAAGUUAUAUAUGUAUCUGUGUCUUCCUAAUAGACAAUACCAGUUUUUGAUUCACGGGAUUUUUAAUCAAUUAAUUGAUAUUAUCAUAAAGUAAACAAUUAGUGGUUACAAGAAAAAGAUAAAUGUUUUUUCCGUUAUACACUAAAAUAAAUAUCAUAGUAUUUUGUUCGCCCUGUAAAUAUGCUUGUUGGUUUUAAUCGAAAUACAUUGUUUUCUAUUUAAAGCUUAUAGUAUUAUCGCAACUAAACUACUUAAAAGACUCUAGUACUAAUUAAUGUGAGUGAAAAUAAUACAAAAUAUCUUGAUACUAACAGUUGUAAUGAAUCCAAUUGGUUUAAUAAUUGCUCUGUUUGUCAGCAAUACCGUGAGUGAUCAAGUGUUGCCUUUUAAAAUUAAGUUUGAAUGGUCUCAGAUAGAGUACGAGUUCAAUAGUGAAGAAGAAAGAAGUGAAGCAAUAAGUAAUGGUACUUUUGAUAUAGGGAAUAUACAACCCAUAGACGCUGAAUAUUAUUACGACAGAAUUAAACAGAAAGAGCGUGUUUUUAUAACAAUUCCCAGAUUUCCUACGCAAGGCGUAGCAUCAACCCUAAAUACUGUGACAAAGAAAACUAUAAAUGGUAAUCCAGUUUUGCGACCGUAUCCAUCUUGGUCCUGGCAGAUCAGUCCAGAAAAAUGUAAUUAUGAGAGAAUAGUGUCUGUAUUUAGAGUUUGGAUUGACGAAUGUAAAAGAUUAUGGGUCUUAGACACCGGUGUUGUAGGUGAUAGUCAAGUAUGUCCCCCUCAAAUUCUAGCUUUCGACCUAAGCACGGACAAAUUGAUUAUAAAGUACGAAAUACCACUUGGAUCGGUACAACCGACAUAUGUAACUCCAAUCGUAGAAGUGGAGCGACAUCAUAAUCGCAAAUUUUGCCAGGAUAGUUGGGUUUAUGCCGCUGAUGUUUCAGGAAGUUUGUUGGUUUAUAGUUUGAGGCAGAAUAAAUCUUGGAGUUUCAGAGAUAAAAGUUUUGACGCUAACCCAGCUUACGCAGUCUAUAACGUUUCAGGAGAUUCAUUUGAAUUUGCCGAUGGAAUAUUUGCCCUGGCUUUGACUCCAUAUCCGGCACAUAAAAAGUUGUUUUUCCACGCAUUAGCAGGAGUAUCAGAAAGUUGGGUGCACACAAGAGAUCUCAAAGUCCCUGUGAACCGAUCAGAUAUAUAUCAUACUUUUCCAACAACAAGAGAUGAACAAUCGGCGGCCCAAGCGUUUGAUAGUAAAGGAAACUUGUAUUUUUCCUUAUUGAGUUCCAUAGAAAUUGUAUCGUGGAAUUUCAAGAAUCCUUAUGAGAAAAAAUAUUGGAAAGUUGUCGGAAAUGAUAAAAUCACUAUGCAAUUUCCUAGUGGUUUAAAGGUAUCCCGAGGCAAAAAUAACCAAGAACAACUCUGGGUGUUUGCGACUGCUCUCCAGAGAUGGGCAUCAGACAAUCUUAAUCCUAAUGUAACGAAUUUUAGACUGUUAUAUGCAAAUUUAUAGUUGCUAUAAUUGAAAUGUGUCAUUAUAAUGUUAUAUAUUACGUUAUUAUAUUAUUAAUUA